AUGUCUCCUGAAGCAAUUUUAAAAGAUGAACUUACUAGAGCUAGUAAAAUGAAGAAUCAGGAACAGGUUAAAAGUGAAAAUCAAAUUGUGGCCAACGAACUUGAGAAGCACAAAAAGAGAAGUGCCAAAUCUAUUCAUGAUAACAGAAAUGAGAUCAAGCUGAAAGGGGCAUGUUUCAUUGCUACUAAAUCUGAUUUAGAUGAGAUUGAUGCUGCCACUGCUGAGUAUGCGGAUGUUUUUCCAAAGGAGGUGCCACCGGGGCUGCCACCAAUUCGUGGGAUUGAGCACCAGAUUGACCUUAUUCCCGGGGCCUCCUUACCCAAUCGUACACCAUACAGGACCAACCCUGAAGAAACUAAAGAAAUUCAGCGCCAAGUGCAAGAAUUGCUCGACAAAGGGUUACGUGCGUGA